UAGCAUUCUUUGACUUUGAAAUAAAGCCCUCGCUUAAAUUUCCGUUGCACCGGUAACAGUAAUCUUCGGGCCAAGCUGAUUUUAAAUAAAUCGGCACGCUUCUAGGCUUUGAAUCCACGUUCCCACGCCGGGGCGGCGGUUUGCGGAUCGAAAUUUUGAAUUCGGGUCAUGGACCGGCCGCGGAGUGACACACAUGUAGCAUCCAGCACUACUGCCUCCGAGGCCCGAGUAUGGCCACUCCCGGACAGUACAUGGCGGGCAUCGCAUCCGGGAACCCAUUGCGGUUUCGUACGACCGACCCGUCCGGUGGCUUCACCGUCCUGGGUGCACGGAUCCGAAAUUCUGUGGUGCGGUGAUCCCACCCAAGUCCCCCGAUACGGUAAAACCCUACUAGCCAAUGCAAGAGUUGGGGGGGGGUAUCGUACUCGUACCAAAUCUGGAAGCUGCGUCCAAUAUCCAAUGGCUCCCAUCACAACAACAACAACAACAACAACAACAAUAGAAGCUUCCAAAAGAGCCAUCCAUGUAUAUGGUAUUACACUGCCACAGUUCCAAGUUUGACGAGCACUGAACUCUAGGAUACGACACUCGCAUCCGCAAGGAUUGUUCUGAUCAAUCGACCAACUCCUUCUUGGUUCCAUCCAAAAAUUUUACCAAUCGAACACAAUAAAAAUAUCAAUAUCAACACCGAUACGGUGCUUCACUGCAGAGAAAAAAAAAACGAUACAAAAGAGCAACCACGAGUGCUUGCCAUGACGAACCUCCGGUCCGAUUACACCCGCGAUGGCGAUGAUGCCCCCUCCCAGCGCAAUGGAAGCAGGAGAAGCGGAAAUGGAAUCCGCGACAAGUGGAGGCUGGCCAUCCCUAUCCGCAAGGUCGGGCGUAUCGGCAGCAACGGCAACAGCAACAGCAACGGCAAGAGCAACGCCCUUAAUAAGGAUUACUGCGAGUACGAAGCCGACAGCGAGGAGGACGUCUACGCAGAUCUGCCCCCCAUCGAAGUGAAGAACGAUAAGGAGAGCAGGAGCACCAACAGAAGAAGACCCCUCAAAUCGGCCCUGUUGGCCAGGACAAAGAAGCAGAACCCUGCGGCGAGUGCCUCCAGAACCACCUCCAUGAUGACCCCCGACAUGUUGGAAACCCUCGGCCUCACGCUUGUGGAACAGGAGGCCGCACUACUGUCUCGCGAAGACGGAUUCAAUUUCGAAUACACCCACGCUUCUGCUACAAACGGAGGUCGAUUUGGAACUGGAAACGAAAACGGAUUCCCAGAUGCAACUACAAAGACAACCAAGAACACAAGCACAAGCACGAUUACCAUCCGAAAAGCCGUCCGAAUCGAUGAAAACAGAAACACCACCUUCCAAGGAUCUCUCCCCGGCACCCCCGUUCAAACAAGACAGCAGGUGCAGGAUGCCAGCAGCAAUGGCAACGGCCAUUCUGAGAACAAGGACGCCGACGCCUACCGCGGAGUCUACGGCUCGCCGUACGGAUGUCCCUCCACGGACUCGACCUCCUCGUCGAGCAGCAACAGCAACUCGUACGAACCAAUCCCUAGGGAUCCGGAGGACUGGACCGUAGAGGACGACCUUUCCACGAUCGAGGACAACGACAACCGCACCCUCCUCCAGUACUACAAGCGAGGGGCCGGAAAGGAUUGCGACUCUCUCUCCUGUCUGAGCCUCGCCUGUGCCCUUCCGCUGGCCUGUGGGCUGCUGUGCCUGGACAGCCUGGCCGACACCAAACUCCUCGAGGAGGCGAUGCCCGGCUCCAGGGCCCGCAGGUCGAACAAGACGGAAGUCCUGGCGCCGUGGGGCAGGAGGAGAACACCAGCAAAGACCGCAACGAGGUCGAGGAACACCAAAAAGAACCAGAACCACGCGCAGCGGCGGCGUGGUCGCUCCAGGUACAACGGGGACGAGGACGGGGACGAGGGCUCCUCCAUUCUCGACGGGAACAACUGCGAAUUCGUUCGAGAGGGGAACUGCGACGUCUUUCCAUCGUCGAUCGAGCUCCCCGUCAACAAGAUCAUUGCUCCCUGCUGGUAGACGGAACACCAUGCGAUACAGCGCUAUGCUAUGCUGUGCUGUGCUGUGCCACGGCAGCCUGGGCGUCCCUGGCGUAGUUUGGCGAAACCCCGAACGGAACCCUGCUUGCUUGCAUCCCCCACACCUCCAUAUACAUGCACACAGAUUCCAUACAUCCAUCCAUACAUACAUACAUAUAUAUGUCACGUCCACAUACGAGUAAUGAUAGAACAUAGAGUUUAUGAAAGUACCACAUCCUUGUUUGCACUGUUGCCAUUGUACGGUACACAACUUCUAGCUGCCCUACCGAGGCGCCGCGCACAGCGAGUUUAACUCGUGUCGCGUUGUGUAGUGUUGUGUAGUCUUGUGCUGCGGUGUGCUGUAAUCUGCGGGCAACCAUUGCCGAGACAUGACGGAGCCGUGCCAGCCACCGCGAGGGAAGCACGCAACGGUCCCAGCAAGCCUGCAUCACCGAGAGGAGAAAGAGAACCGAGGACGAAGAAGAGUCGCAGCGAUGCGAAUACAAUGCACAGCACGGU